UACAAUGUAUGUAUAUUCAUUUGUUUUAAUUUUUAGCUGGCAGUGAACUUGGAAAGAGUGCUUACAAUAUCGGAAUCCUUCAAGAGUGCUGAAGCCUUUAAAGAAAAUGGAAAUAAGACAAAGGAGAUUAAUGAAGCAAUUGUGUUCAUGAUCUGUAAGGACAACAUGCCAGUCCGCUGUGUGGAAAAAGAGGGCCUCAAUAGACUUCUCAAAAAGUGUGUGCCGCAUUUUAAAAUGCCUUGCAGAUCCACGGUAACAACAACGAUUGAAGAGAAGUACUCCCAGUGUGUUGGAGCUGUGAUGAAAAUGCUAAGCAAUGCAAAUGACGUUGCGUUUACCUGCGAUGCCGUAACCAUAUCGAACUCGAGUCGCUCGUUCCUUACCAUCACGGCGCAUUUUAUUGAAAAGGAUUCACUAAAUUCAAUCUGCCUUGCAGCUUUAAGAAUGAAUCAAUCGCAUACCAGUGAAUAUGUAAACACUUUGUUGGAAGAGGCGUGCGCCGAAUUUAACAUAGAUAAAAUGAAGUGGACAACUCUCACGACAGACAGCGCAAGCAAUAUGAAGUGCGCUGCCAAACUAUUUCUUGGAUUAAACAAACAUGUGCCGUGUUUCGCCCACAGCAUAAACCUUGUAGUAGAUGAAACUAUCAAGGAAAUAUGUUCAUUUUCUAGUAUCGUGGAUAAAAUAAAGAGAGUGGUCAUGCAUUUUAAGCAUAGUCCGGCUAUGAUGGACCAACUAAGAAAAGCCCAAACGGACGAGGGAAUUCCCGAGGGAAAAAUCAAGACCCUCAUACAAAAUGUUGACACCAGAUGGAACUCUUGCCUGGACAUGAUAGAGUCCUUUUUAGGCUUAGCCAACAAGGUGGCUUUUAUUUUGCUACACAAAUCAGAACGUGUCAAAGGACUCCCCGAAAUGCUUAAUGUGUCAGAGCUAACGAUAUGUCGAGACUUAUGUAGUCUCCUUCAACCUUUUAAAAAAGCAACAGAGCAAAUAAGUGGCGAAAAUUACGUAACUGUAAGUUUAGUAUUACCACUUAUUUCAAUGUUAGCAGCUAAAACUAAAGCAUUGGAAAUGGAGACGAAUGAAGGCAAACGAGCCAAGGAGGCGCUCAUCAGAAUUUCUGAAAGGAGGUUUCAGGCGUUGCAGACUAAUGCAAUUUUGGUUAAAUCAACUUUUUUAGACCCUAGGUUUAAAAAAAUGUAUUUGGCGCCUUUAGCGGUAAAGGAUGCCAUUGCUGAUAUUACACUUGAAAUCAAUAAGUUUACUCUUAAGGGAAGGAUUUCCGAUGUCCCAAAACCGGAAGACGUUUUUGACGAUUUCAUGAGCGCACACAAUCACUCAAUCACAAAAGAAUUGAGCGGUGUGUCGGAGCAAAAUAAGGAGCUCAAACUUUACUUUAGCUUGCCCCAAGCUUCGUGGGAAUGUAACCCGCUGGAGGUCUGGAAAUCCCAUAGGGCGACCAUGCCGGGCCUUUACAAGAUGGCCAUGCGACAUCUUAUAACUCCAGGCAGCUCGGUGCCUUCAGAGCGGUUGGCAUCCGCAAUAAAAUGUGUUGUUUGCGAUGCUAGGAGCCGAAUGACGGACAUACACAUAAAGCAACGAGUUUUCUUAAAAUCUUUAAAUUCUGAUAAUUGGGAUUUAUGUUAAAUUUAAAUAAAUCUAAGACAUAAGACAUGUUGAUUAAAUAUA